AUGCCAGGGGCAAAGCAGAUCCUGGCAGGCAACUGUGGAGUGACAGUGUCGAGAACUGAUGCUCCUGAUGAAAAGUUUGGGCCGUUGCGAGUGGGCGAUCCGGAUGCCGUAGACUUGGAGGACUUGCUGUUCUCGGAGCCUUCUGCUCAUGAUUGGGGCAACAUCCGCAGACACUGCAUGUCCGGUGACAGUGACUCAUGCCUUACGUUUGGCAUCGACGAGUGGAACUCGAGCUCGUUUCAGGCACUAAUCCACGAGGGCGUCGGCGGACGGCCCUGUAAGGAGGAUUAUGCUCUUGUCGCCGAAAUGUGCGGAGGUCAGGUGGCCUGCCGACAGAUCGAGGGCCAGAUCCGCGUCGUCGGAUUUGCUGGUGAGCUGGGUGGGCAGACUACCUUAACAAAGCUGUCCGGACUGCCUUACCUAUCCGCCGCGGUUCUGAGAGGGCCGGCCAAGAGCGAUGUGGAAGGUCACUCUUGGCCAUCGCUGCAGUUCCUUCGGCUGGAGGCGCCAAGCCAAGACGUGGUGCAGACCGUGGCGAAGGCGCUGCAGGGACCGCCUGGACGACAGCUCCGGAGCUUGCAAAUCUACGGUCGCCAGGAUGUGCUUCGGUGGACCCCAGUCGAUCUGGCUGAGUUUUGCGGCCUCGACCUUGUUCACUUCACUGCAUUCGUUAUUCACGUCGCCGGCGGUGCACUUCCUGAAUGCUGGAAUAAGAUGAGGAACUUGAGAAACUUUUACUGCUCCAACUGCAUGAUGUCCCAUCCUCCGACAGCCUUGAGGGGAUUGCAGUCUCUGAGAUCCUUCGUCGCCUUUCGACAGUGGGCAUCUUGCCACCCACCGUGCAUGUCACGGGAUGAUAUGGGAUGCAAAGAAGAAACUUUGGGCGGUUGCGACUUCGUCUUGGAUGCCCAGGAGAUGGUUCCGUGCGCCCUACAGCGCUUGUCGAGAGGUGGCUGCAAAGCCUCCUGGGAGACCCGUCAUCUCUUCAAGGAAGGCGGCCGCGCGACAAGUACUGGCACCUGGGAAGAUUUCCAGGAAGGGCCCAGCUUUCUAUGCCCUCAGCACUCCUUCGGCUUUGCCUUCGAGGAGUUCGUAAAGCUUGGCUGGAGCAACAUCGAGAAGGUCUGGCUAGAUGGGAACUUUCUGACCGGCAAGAUACCGGAUGACAUCGCAUUGCGAUGGCCGAGGUUGAAGUCAUUAGAUUUGUAUGACAACGAUCUGGAAGGACCCUUGCCGGAGUCUCUAGGAACUUUGCCCUUCGUGAAGCUGCAGCUUCAUGCCAACAACUUUGAGGGCACAGUGCCGCAGAAUGUUUGGCAUUUGACUCAGAGGCCUCAUCUUCUCCUGGGACUACAGGAGAAUAUCAACCUGACCGGCUGCGCAUCCGUCGGUCACUGGGAGCAUGGCGUGCCAGGCACAGUGGGUGCGGGGAGCACAGUGGGUAUGGACAGACGCAGGUUCACCGCUCGAGGGCCCUGUGCUGGCACAAAUCACAGAGGGCAGACCAGCCGCUACCAGCGGCUCAUGUGUCAGCGGGCAAGCUUUUAG